AUGUCAAGAGCUUGCGACAGUAUUCACCGAGAUCUGUUAAUGAAGAUCCUGCAGAGUUUCUUAGAAGAGGAUGAAACCAGAAUGAUCCAGGUACUACUGACAAACACGGAACUUACCGUCCGCCUUGGGAUGACCUUGUCCAGACCCUUCUUAACAAAUGUGGAAACUUCUCAGGGCGAAUCCCUUUCACCACUGCUCUUCUUGAUUUACCUCGAAGCUGCCCUACGAGAGCUGAGAAGCCUAUACGAGGAGUCAAUCGCCGAAAUUAUCUACGCGGAUGAUGUUGACUUCGUAUUUAGCGACAGAUCUGCACUGGCUAGACUGCUGGAGAUCGCACCAGGAAAACUCGGAAAAUGGUUUCUAAAAAUAAACUCGGACAAGACGGAAGUGGUUGAGAUAUUACGUUCAGACACUCAACUUAUAGAAACACGGAGACUAUCCAAGAAGCUUGGCUCACUGCUUGGUGACCGGGAGGACAUAAUGCGUAGAAAAACACUGGCUGCUGUUGCUCUAAAAACUUUCAUGAAGAAUUGA